AAGUCAAUCAUAUUCUCUACCAGUUGUCUCGCAAAUUAUAGUCUCUAGCUUCUCUUUGUUUCCAGAGAGUUCUUUCCUCUCUGCAUCUCCAAUGGCGUCUGAUCUCGAAAGGAAGGCCAAAGAAGCGUUCGUCGACGACCACUUCGAGCUGGCCGCCGAACUCUUAACUCAGGCCAUCGACCUAAACCCUAACAGCGCUGAGCUCUACGCUGAUCGCGCUCAGGCCAAUAUCAAACUCUGCAAUCUUACUGAGGCCGUUGCUGAUGCAAACAAAGCGAUUGGGUUGGAUCCUUCGAUGGCCAAAGCUUAUUUGCGGAAAGGCUCUGCUUGCAUAAAGCUUGAGGAGUAUGAAACUGCCAAGUCAGCCCUUGAGAGUGGUGCUUCUUUGGCCCCUGGAGAUACUAGAUUUGCUAAUUUGAUCAAACAAUGUGAUGAUUGCAUUGCUGAUGAGACUUCUAAUCUGUCAAAACAAGAAUCAGAAGCUCUGGCAGAUACUGUCUCAAUGGAAGAUGUUCAACCAGCGAUUGAUCUUCCUAGCCAGAUGCCUGUAGUAACACCAGCCAAACCAAAAUAUAGGCAUGACUUCUGCCAGAAGCCUGAAGAGGUCAUUGUGACUAUAUUUGCGAAGGGCUUACCAGCCAGUAGUGUUACCGUUGACUUUGGUGAACAAAUACUAAGUGUUAGCAUCACUGUUCCUGGUGAAGACUCGUAUAUUUUUCAACAUCGCUUAUUUGGGAAGAUAAUACCUGCCAAGUGUAGAUAUGAUGUUUUGUCUACAAAGGUUGAAAUCCGCCUUGCGAAGGCUGAUCCUAUACAAUGGACCUCCCUUGAAUACAAGAAGGAACCAACAGUUGUACAAAGAGUCGAUGUAUCCUCAGCGACUGGGUCUAACAGACCUUCCUAUCCUUCAUCAAAGCCAAAAGCUACUGACUGGGACAAGCUUGAAGCUCAAAUGAAGAAGGAGGAGAAAGAGGAAAAGCUGGAUGGUGAUGCAGCCUUGAAUAAAUUUUUCCGGGACAUAUACCAAGACGCUGAUGAGGACACAAGAAGGGCAAUGAAAAAAUCUUUUGUAGAGUCAAAUGGGACAGUGCUGUCCACAAACUGGAAAGAAGUGGGUUCAAAGAAGGUGGAAGGAAGCCCUCCUGAUGGUAUGGAGGUGAAGAAAUGGGAGUAUUGAUCUCUUGAUAGAAUGAUUUGAUGUAUUGUAAUUCAGCAGUGCGAUUUUGGUUCGUGGGUGGUGUUUAUUUCUUUUAUCCGAACCUUUUACCAACCAGAAAUAGGUUGAUACUGUGUUUCUCUCGUUUCAGCAAUGCAUAUGUUGUUUGGCGUCCUUUUAUAA